AUGCCCCUUUGUCUCAACAACAACCACAACUGCUGCCACCACUGCUGCCCCUGCAACAUCAACAACAGCUGCUGCAACCACUGCUGCCACAACAACUACCACAGCUGCUGCAACCACUGCUACUCUGCUGCAACCACUGCUGCUGCAACACCUACCACAACUGCUGAAAUCACUACUGCCUCAACAACAACCACAGCUGCUGCAACCACAGUUGCCUCAACAACAACCACAACUGCUGCCACCACUGCUGCCCCUGCAACAUCAACAACAGCUGCUGCAACCACUGCUGCCACAACAACUACCACAGCUGCUGCAACCACUGCUACUGCAACACAUACCACAACUUCUGCAACCACUGCUGCUGCAACACCUAUCACAGCUGCUGAAAGCACUACUGUCCCAACAACAACCACAGCUGCUGCAACCACAGUUGCCUCAACAACAACCACAACUGCUGCCACCACUGCUGCCCCUGCAACAUCAACAACAGCUGCUGCAACCACUGCUGCCACAACAACUACCACAGCUGCUGCAACCACUGCUGCCACAACAACAACCACAGCUGCUGCAACCACAGUUGCCUCAACCACAACUGCUGCCACCACUGCUGCCCCUGCAACAUCAACAACAGCUGCUGCAACCACUGCUGCCACAACAACUACCACAGCUGCUGCAACCACUGCUACUGCAACACCUACCACAACUGCUGAAAUCACUACUGUCCCAACAACAACCACAGCUGCUGCAACCACAGUUGCCUCAACAACAACCACAACUGCUGCCACCACUGCUGCCCCUGUAACAUCAACAAUAGCUGCUGCAACCACUGCUGCCCCAGCAACAUCAACAACAGCUGCUGCAACCACUGCUGCCACAACAACUACCACAGCUGCUGCAACCACAGUUGCCUCAACAACAACCACAACUGCUGAAAUCACUACUGUCCCAACAACAACCACAGCUGCUGCAACCACUGCUGCCCCAGCAACAUCAACAACAGCUGCUGCAACCAUUGCUGCCACAACAACUACCACAACUGCUGAAAUCACUACUGCCUCAACAACUACCACAGCUGCUGUAAGCACUACUGUCCCAACAACAACCACAGCUGCUGCAACCACAGUUGCCUCAACAACAACCACAACUGCUGCCACCACUGCUGCCCCUGCAACAUCAACAACAGCUGCUGCAACCACUGCUGCUGAAACACCUACCACAACUGCUGAAAUCACUACUGCCUCAACAACAACCACAGCUGCUGCAACCACAGUUGCCUCAACCACAACUGCUGCCACCACUGCUGCCCCUGCAACAUCAACAACAGCUGCUGCAACCACUGCUGCCACAACAACUACCACAGCUGCUGCAACCACUGCUGCUGCAACACCUACCACAACUGCUGAAAUCACUACUGCCUCAACAACAACCACAGCUGCUGCAACCACUGCUACUCACUACUGUCCCAACAACAACCACAGCUGCUGCAACCACAGUUGCCUCAACAACAACCACAACUGCUGCCACCACUGCUGCCCCUGCAACAUCAACAACAGCUGCUGCAACCACUGCUGCCACAACAACUACCACAGCUGCUGCAACCACUGCUGCCACAACAACAACCGCAGCUGCUGCAACCACGGUUGCCUCAACCACAACUGCUGCCACCACUGCUGCCCCUGCAACAUCAACAACAGCUGCUGCAACCACUGCUGCCACAACAACUACCACAGCUGCUGCAACCACUGCUGCCACAACAACUACCACAGCUGCUGCAACCACUGCUGCCACAACAACUACCACAGCUGCUGCAACCACUGCUGCCACAACAACAACAGCUGUUGCCUCAACAACAACUACAACUGCUGCCACCACUGCUGCCCCUGCAACAACUACCACAGCUGCUGCAACCACUGCUGCCACAACAACUACCACAGCUGCUGCAACCACUUCUGCCACAACAACUACCACAGCUGCUGCAACCACUGCUGCCACAACAACAACAACAGCUGCGGCUUCAACCACUACUGCCUCAACAACUACCACAGCUGCUGCCUCCACUGCUGCCCCAACAACUACCUCAGCUGCUGCGUCCACAGUUGCCCCAAAAACGACCACAGGUGCUGCAACCACUGCUGCCGCAACAAGUACCAGAGCUUCUGCAACCACAGCUUCCCCCUUAACUACCACAGCUGCUGCAGGAACAACAAGAACCCCAACAAUCUCCACUGCUGCUGUCACCACUGUUGCCCAAACAACUACCACUGCUGCUACAAACAGUGCUGCCCCAACAGCUUCCACAGCUGCUACAUCCACUGUUGCCCCAACUACAGCCUCCACAGCAUGUAG